GUGUUACGGGUGUGGGUCAGCGCCGGCCCGCAGGGUUUAGUGUGCUCUUGUCCGCCGCCCCCGCAGCAUGGAGGUCCUGGGAACUCUCCCCAGUGGCGGUCUCCUCUAUUGGGUGGGGGUGCUGAGCGCAGUGUACAUCACCGUGCGGGCCACCUACCGCCUGCUGGCCGGGCUCCGCGUCUGGGUGCUGGGCAGCCCGGUGGUGCUGGGCCCGGGGCUGGGCGCCUGGGCAGUGGUCACAGGAGCUACUGAUGGAAUUGGAAAAGCCUAUGCAGAACAGCUAGCAAAGCAUGGAAUGAAUGUGGCUCUUAUCAGCAGAUCUCAAGAAAAACUAGAACAGGUUGCCAGUGAAAUAAAAGAGAAAUUCAAAGUGGAAACAAAAAUUAUUGCCGCAGACUUUGGUGAGAGAGAAGAUAUUUACAGUAGAAUUGAAGCAGGACUGGAAGGCCUUGAGAUUGGUGUUUUAGUCAACAAUGUGGGAAUUUCAUACACUUACCCUGAAUAUUUUCUUGAUGUUCCAGACCUGGAUAAUACAAUCAAUAAAAUGAUAAACAUUAACAUCAUGUCUGUUUGCAAGAUGACACGAUUGGUGCUGCCCAGCAUGCUGGAAAGAUCUAAAGGAAUAAUCCUGAAUAUCUCUUCAGCUGCUGGCAUGUAUCCAUCUCCACUGCUCACUCUGUACUCAGCAACCAAGGUAUGCUUUCUUUUUGGUAUGCUCCAAACUGAACUGUCACAACAGAAACGUAACAAUAAAAGCUAUAAGAAUAAAUGUUUCUGGGGUCCCUCUAUUGAUGGUUUGAUGAAGUAA